AUGAAACACUGGUUAUCAAUAUUCUCUUUUACUUUUUAUAGGUAUUCAGGCGCCCUGCGAUCUUCAGGAGCAAAUGCUCCAGCACAAUACAUCACAGCAGCCCUGCGUGAUUUAUAUGAGACUAUGGACAAGACCUCGUCCAGCCUUCCUCCCAUAAUCCUGCUGCAGUUUCUCCACAUGGCCUUUCCACAGUUUGCUGAGAAAGGAGACCAAGGACAGUACUUGCAGCAGGAUGCCAAUGAGUGCUGGCUCCAGAUGAUGAGGGUACUUCAGCAGAAGUUGGAACCACUUGAGCCGGUGACUCCCAUGGAGACGGAGUCAGCAGGUGGAGCUGCCUCUGCGUCUGCAAAGAAGAACUUUAUUGACCAGUAUUUCGGUGUAGAAUUUGAAACUUCCAUGAAAUGCACAGAAUCUGAGGAAGAAGAGCCGAUCAAGGGCAAAGAAAGCCAGCUCCAGCUCAGCUGCUUUAUUAACCAAGAAGUCAAAUACCUUGCGACAGGACUACGACUGAGACUGCAGGAAGAAAUCACAAAAAUGUCUCCAACCUUGGACAGAAAUGCUUUGUAUAUCAAAUCUUCAAAACUUAGCCGUCUCCCUGCCUACUUAACUGUUCAAAUGGUCCGAUUUUUCUACAAGGAGAAGGAGUCUGUGAAUGCAAAAGUUCUAAAGGAUGUCAAGUUCCCCCUCAUGUUGGACGUGUACGAGCUCCUCACCCCGGAGCUCCAGGAGAAAAUGUUGCCAAUUAGGUCAAAGUUUAAAGAAAUGGAGGACAAGAAGCUGGAGAAACAACAGCAAAAGGUGUUGAAGAAGCCAGAUGCAUCAAAGGAAGUAAAAUAUGAGCCUUUCUCUUUCCCAGACGACCUUGGUUCCAACAACAGCGGCUACUACGACCUGCAGGCUGUACUGACUCACCAAGGUCGCUCCAGCUCAUCUGGCCACUAUGUGGGAUGGGUCAAGAGGAAAGAAGACGAGUGGGUCAAGUUUGACGACGACAAGGUGAGUGUGGUCUCACCGGAAGACAUCCUGCGGCUGUCUGGAGGCGGAGACUGGCAUAUAGCUUACGUUCUACUGUACGGGCCGCGUCGGCUGGAAAUACUUGAAGAGGAGCAGUAGCUGGAGGGAGGUUUCUUACAUCCACAUAAUACAGAUUGCCAUUUCCGAGCACUGUCUGCAUAGAUGUGCAAUAAAACUGGUGUCUUUAAAGAUUUGAUUUUUUUUUGUUUUGUUUUGUUUUGUUUUGUAACCAACACUUAUGCUUGUAAAACAAAAUUUUGUUAAAUAUUCAUCCAUGGUGUGCUUUGAAUAUGGAGAUCUGAUGAAAGGCAAUCUCUGGACUGGAUCCUUUAGAUUUUAAAGUCUGGCUCUACAGUUUCAUUAAAUGUUUUAUACACAAUGUAUAUUUUUAAAGCCUUUCAGAAGGUGAUCAUAAGAGCAAAACUAUUUCUUAUUCAUUUAACCACCAAGCUGUUGUCCUUGACAUUCUGGAUUGAGUUGUCGGAUGCAUAACAGAACUCUUGUUCACCUCUUGGGCCUUUGGGUUCAGUCUCAGGUCUAAAGUGCUUGGCUCACAUCAUCUCCUGCGAUUGUUCUCAAAUGUAUUGACAGAUGAGGCUCUGUCUGCCAAAUAUUCAUUAAUGCUGUUUUCAGGGAAGUGGUUUGGGACAGGUUGGCCUCGUGGUGAACCUUGUGGAGGAGUUUGAACCAUGGUUUUUCCUCAGUUGGCUUUGGUGACACUGACUUAAGACAAUGUAUGUAAAGUCCAAAAAGACAUCCACUCUCUGUAAUAAAUUAAUUGAUUGGUGGUGAAAAUAAACCGUUGAACC